CAGUGCCGCCCCCGCCUGGACUCGGUGCGGGCUCCCGCGCUGCACCCAUGACUGCGCGCAGCUGCCGCUCCCGUCCGCUCGGCCGCCGCUUGCCGCACGAUGGGUGCGGGCGGUGAGGCGCCAGCCCCCGUGCCUCCGCCCCGCCACCGCCCCCGAGCAGCCCGUUUCGACAGCCGCAGCGGCCUCCGCAGCCCGGCCCGCUGCCCCGCCUCCCGCUCGGACCGCCGAGUCAGUGCCGAGUGAGGGGCCGUCGGCCCACAGCGGCCCGCUUCUAUCCAAAUUAGAGCCGCCUGCCUCGCUCCCACUCCUACCAUGUCUGGCGGCGGGGCCGAUCAGCAGAGCAGCCCGCCGGGCUCCCUGUUCCUUUCGCCGCCAGCGCCUGCCCCCAAGAAUGGCUCUAGCUCGGACUCCUCGGUGGGGGAGAAGCUGGGCGCCGCGGCAGCGGACGCCGGAGCCGGCAGGACGGAGGAGUACCGGCGUCGCCGCCACACCAUGGACAAGGACAGCCGGGGGGCGGCCGCGACCACCACCACCGAGCACCGCUUCUUCCGCCGUAGCGUCAUCUGCGACUCUAACGCCACGGCGUUGGAGCUGCCCGGCCUCCCCCUCCCACUGCCCCAGCCCGGCGCCGCCGCGGUGGCCCAGCAGAGGAGCCCCCCGGAGCCCCACCGCGAGGAGACUCUGACCCCCGCUGUCGCCCAUGUGGCCCAGCAGCCGCCAGCCGCCGCCACCCCAGGGGAGCCGGCCGCCGCAGUCCCGGCCGCCGCCUCGGCCCCGGGCAGCGCCAGCCGAGACCGUCAGGUUGCCCAGCCCAGCCAAGCGGGGAGCAAAGAGGAGCCCCCGUCGGCGAGAAGCGGCAGCGGCGGCGGCAGCGCCAAGGAGCCGCAAGAGGAGCGGAGCCAGCAGCAGGAUGACAUCGAAGAGCUGGAGACCAAGGCAGUGGGCAUGUCCAAUGAUGGCCGCUUUCUCAAGUUUGACAUCGAAAUUGGCAGGGGCUCCUUUAAGACGGUCUAUAAAGGUCUGGACACCGAAACUACGGUGGAGGUCGCUUGGUGUGAACUGCAGGAUCGAAAAUUAACAAAGUCUGAGAGGCAAAGAUUUAAAGAAGAAGCUGAAAUUAAAGGUCUUCAGCAUCCCAAUAUCGUUCGAUUCUAUGAUUCUUGGGAAUCCACAGUAAAGGGAAAGAAGUGCAUUGUUCUGGUGACUGAACUUAUGACAUCUGGAACACUUAAAACGUACCUGAAAAGGUUCAAGGUGAUGAAGAUCAAAGUUUUGAGAAGCUGGUGCCGUCAGAUUCUUAAAGGACUUCAGUUUCUUCAUACUCGAACUCCACCUAUUAUUCACCGGGAUCUUAAGUGUGACAACAUCUUUAUCACUGGCCCUACAGGCUCAGUCAAGAUUGGAGACCUAGGUCUGGCAACCUUGAAGCGGGCUUCUUUUGCCAAGAGCGUGAUAGGUACCCCGGAGUUCAUGGCCCCCGAGAUGUAUGAGGAGAAAUACGAUGAAUCUGUUGACGUUUAUGCUUUUGGGAUGUGCAUGCUUGAGAUGGCCACAUCUGAAUACCCUUACUCAGAGUGCCAGAAUGCUGCGCAGAUCUACCGUCGAGUGACCAGUGGUGUGAAGCCAGCCAGUUUUGACAAAGUAGCAAUUCCUGAAGUGAAGGAAAUUAUUGAGGGAUGCAUACGGCAAAACAAAGAUGAAAGAUAUUCUAUCAAAGACCUUUUGAACCAUGCGUUCUUCCAGGAGGAAACAGGGGUACGGGUAGAAUUAGCAGAAGAAGAUGAUGGAGAAAAGAUAGCCAUUAAAUUAUGGCUACGUAUUGAAGACAUUAAGAAAUUAAAGGGAAAAUACAAAGACAAUGAAGCUAUUGAGUUUUCCUUUGACUUGGAGAGAGAUGUGCCAGAAGAUGUUGCUCAAGAAAUGGUAGAGUCUGGGUAUGUCUGUGAAGGUGAUCACAAGACCAUGGCAAAAGCUAUCAAAGAUAGAGUAUCAUUAAUUAAGAGAAAACGAGAGCAACGACAGCUGGUGCGGGAGGAACAAGAAAAAAGAAAGCAGGAAGAGAGCAGUCUGAAACAGCAGGGGGAGCAACAGUCAAGUGCUUCCCAGGCAGGAAUCCUGCAGCCCUCUUCUGCCAGCACAGGCCUACCUGCUGCCGCUACCACUUCAGCCUCUGUUUCCACGCAAGUAGAGCCAGAGGAGCCUGAGGCAGAUCAGCAUCAACAGCUGCAGUACCAACAACCUAGUAUAUCUGUGUUAUCUGACGGGACGGUUGACAGUGGUCAGGGAUCUUCUGUCUUCACAGAAUCUCGAGUGAGCAGCCAACAGACAGUUUCAUAUGGUUCCCAGCAUGAGCAGGCACAUUCUACUUGCACACUGCCAGGGCAUACAGCGUCUGUUGUCCAGGCACAGGCUCAGCCCCAUGGGGGUUAUCCACCCUCAAGUAUGCCUCAGUCCAUGGCGCAUCCGCGUGGGGGGACCCCAACAUACCCAGAAUCACAGAUAUUUUUCCCAACUAUUCAUGAACGUCCAGUUUCUUUUUCACCACCUCCCACCUGUCCACCGAAGGUGGCUAUUUCCCAGCGGCGUAAGAGCACCUCCUUCCUGGAAGCCCAAACUCAUCACUUCCAACCCCUGCUGAGGACUGUUGGCCAAAAUCUUCUUCCACCUGGUGGCUGCCCAACUAACUGGACACCAGAGGCCGUAGUUAUGUUGGGUACUACAGCCAGUAGAGUAACUGGAGAGCCAUGUGAGAUACAGGUCCAACCUCUGUUUGAGCCUACUCAAGUUUAUGGUGACUGUAGACCUGGACUAGUACUUCCAGAAGAAGCUCACUACUUUAUUCCUCAGGAAGCAGUGUAUGUAGCAGGGGUACAUUACCAGACCCAAAUGGCAGAACAGUUUGAGGGUAUUCCAUACAACUCUCCAGUCCUGUCAAGUCCUAUGAAACAGAUACCUGAACAGAAGCCAGUGCAAGGGGGCCCUCCUUCGAGUUCUGUCUUUGAAUUUCCAUCUGGACAGGCUUUCCUGGUAGGACAUCUUCAGAAUUUACGAUUAGAUUCUGGACUAAGUCCAGGAUCUCCCCUCUCUAGCAUUUCUACACCUAUCAGUACAGAUGCUACACGUUUGAAAUUUCACCCUGUCUUUGUUCCUCAUUCUGCACCUGCUGUGUUAACUCAUAACAAUGAGAGCAGAAGCAAUUGUGUAUUUGAGUUUCAUGUUCAUACUCCAAGCUCCUCUUCAGGAGAAGGAGGAGUUUUACCUCAGCGUAUUUACCGAAAUCGACAGGUUGCCGUGGACUUGAAUCAGGAAGAACCACCUCCUCAAUCAGCUGGAUUACACGGCCGCCUGCAGCCUGUGACUGAAGAACAACAUAAUUUCCAGCCCCCAGAAUUGACCGUUUCUGUGGUAGAGCCUACUGGACAGAGCUGGCCAAUAGGAAGCCCAGAAUAUUCCAGUGAUUCCUCACAAAUCACUUCUUCAGACCCCAGUGAUUUUCAAUCACCUCCCCCUACAGGGGGAACAGCUGCACCUUUUGGCUCUGACGUCUCAUUACCCUUUAUCCAUCUGCCUCAGACAGUGAUACAAGAAUCCCCACUUUUCUUCUGUUUCCCCCAAGGAACCACUUCUCCGCAGAUUUUAUCUGCAUCAUUUUCUUCAGGAGGAUCUGCACUCCAUCCACAGGCACAGGGGCAGAGCCAGGGUCAGCCAUCUUCAAGUAGUUUAACAGGGAUUCCAUCCUCCCAACCUGUACAGCAUUCUCAACAGCAGCAAGGAGUACAGCAGACAGCCCCCUCUCAGCAGACAGUGCAGUAUUCACUUCCCCAGACGUCAGCCCCCAGUGAGCCCACGACUGCACAGCCAGCAAGUCAGCCUCAACCACCACAGGUGUUGCCUCCUGUGUCAGCAGGAAAACAGGGCUUCCCACCUCGACUGCCACCACAGUACCCAGGAGAUUCAAAUAUUGCUCCCUCCUCCAGCGUGGCUUCUGUUUGCAUUCCUUCUACAGUCCUAUCUCCUCCUAGGCCAACAGAAGCAUUGGCUGCACCAGGUUACUUUCCUACAGUGGUGCAAUCUUAUGCGGAAUCAAAUCUUUUGGUUCCUGUGGGCAGUAUAGGAGGACAGAUUCAAGUUUCCCAGCCAGCAGUGAGUUUAGCCCAAGCCCCCACUACAUCCUCCCAGCAAGCAGCUCUGGAGAGUACUCAGGGAGUCUCUCAGGUUGCUCCUCCAGAGCCAGUUCCAGCAGCACCACCACAGCCUACACAACCAACCACUUUGGUCUCUUCUAUAGACAGUGCACAUUCAGAUGUUGCUUCAGGUAUGAGUGACGGCAACGAGAAUGUCCCAUCGUCCAGUGGAAGGCAUGAAGGGAGAACUAUAAAACGACAUUAUCGAAAAUCUGUAAGAAGUCGUUCUCGUCAUGAAAAGACUUCACGCCCAAAAUUGAGAAUUUUGAAUGUUUCAAAUAAAGGAGAUCGGGUAGUAGAAUGUCAGUUAGAGACUCACAAUCGGAAAAUGGUUACAUUCAAAUUUGAUUUGGAUGGAGACAACCCAGAGGAGAUAGCAACAAUUAUGGUGAACAAUGACUUUAUCCUGGCAAUAGAGAGAGAGGCAUUUGUGGAUCAGGUGCGGGAAAUUAUUGAAAAAGCUGAUGAGAUGCUCAGCGAGGAUGUCAGUGUGGAGCCGGAGGGUGACCAGGGAUUGGAGAAUCUACAGGGAAAGGAUGACUAUGGCUUUUCAGGCUCUCAAAAAUUGGAAGGAGAGUUCAAACAACCAAUUCCUGCAUCUUCCAUGCCACAGCAAAUAGGCCUUCCUACCAGUUCUUUAACUCAAGUUGUUCAUUCUGCUGGAAGACGGUUUAUAGUAAGUCCUGUGCCGGAAAGUCGAUUACGAGAAUCAAAAGUUUUCACCAGUGAAAUAUCAGAUACAGUUGCUGCUUCUACAUCUCCUGGCACUGGAAUGAACUUGUCUCACUCUGCUUCAUCCCUUAGUCUACAGCAGGCCUUUUCUGAACUUAGACGUGCCCAAAUGACAGAAGGACCAAGUACAGCACCUCCCCACUUUAGUCACACAGGACCAACGUUUCCAGUAGUGCCUCCUUCCAUGAGUAGCAUUGCUGGAGCAGCAGCCACACCUUCAGUAUCAGUUCCUGCAACUAGCUGCCCUUUUAGUGACAUUUCCACAUCAGUAACUCCAUCUGAGGUGACAGCAUCCACUGAAAAGGGGAUUGCUGGAGUUGCCACCUGCACAGGUGUAAUCUCUUCCAGUGGUCUCACUGUGCCACCUGCAUCUGAUUCCCCGAUACUUUCCAGUGUGGUUUCAAGCAUCACAGUACCUGUGGCUGUUUCAGUGUCAACAACAUCCCUGUCAGUCCAGGCUCCCACACCUGGGAGCAUUGUUUCUAAUACAGGCACUUUCCCCUCUAUAUCAGUUGCAAUGACUUCAGCCUCUGCAGUGAGCAGUACUGCUGCCCCAGGUGCUAAGCCUCCACCUGUAUCAUCUCAGCAGGUAUCAGGCAGUACUGCUGGGAUAACCACAUUAGCAUCAGUUCCUACCACUGCUCCAGCCCCAAGUGUAGCUUCACAGCCCUCUCUUUCACUUAGCAGCAGCACCUCUGCUCCUACUCUGGCUGAAACUAUAGUGGUUAGUGCACACUCACUAGAUAAAGCAUCUCAUAGCAGCACAGCUGGAUUGGCUUUGUCCCUCCCUGCGUCAUCUUCCUCUGCCUCCCCUGCAGCAGGAGUGUCUAGUUCUGUUUCUCAGCCUGGUGUGGCUCAUCCUUUGGUCAUCCCAUCGGCUGUAGCUUCUAUUCCAGUCCUUUCCCAAGCGGGACCGACCUGUGCACCUUUAUUACCCCAAGUACCUGGCAUCCCACCCCUGGUGCAACCUGCUGCCAGUGUGCCUGCCGUCCAGCAGACACUAGUCCACAGUCAGCCGCAGCCAGCAUUGCUCCCUAACCAGCCCCACACUCACUGUCCUGAAAUGGAUGCUGAUGCACAGCCUCGAGCUCCUGGGAUUGAUGAUAUAAAGACUUUGGAGGAAAAGCUGCGGUCUCUCUUCAGCGAACACAGCUCAUCCGGAACACAGCAUGCUUCUGUCUCACUGGAGACAUCACUAGUGGUGGAGACCACUGUCACACCAGGCAUCCCAACCACUGCUGUUGCACCAGGCAAACUCAUGACUUCCACUACAAGUACUUGCUUACCACCAACCAGUUUGCCAUUAGGAACAACUGGUUUGUCAAUUCUACCCGUGGUCACACCUGGGCAAGUUUCCACGCCGGUGAGCACUAUACCAGCAGUGAAACCUGGAACUGCUCCAUCAAAGCCACCUUCAACUAAGCCUCCAGUGCUGCCACUAGGUACUGAACUUCCAGCUGGUACUCCACCCAGUGAGCAGCUGCCACCUUUUCCAGGACCUUCAUUAAUGCAGGCCCAGCAGCCUCUGGAAGAUCUUGAUGCUCAACUCAGAAGAACACUUAGUCCAGAGACUGUUGUGCUGACAUCUACAGUUGGUCCCGUGUCCGUCGUGGCUCCAACAGCAGCUGUAGAAGCUGGAGCACAGCUUCAAAAGGAUGUUUCUCAAGUCACAGAAGGUCCUAUCCCAGCACCUACUUCAGGAACUGGUGUUUUUCAGAUGGGCCGAUUUCAGGUUUCAGUUGCAAUGGACGAUACCCAGAAAGAGGGUAAAAAUAAGUCAGAAGAUGUAAAGUCUGUCCAUUUUGAAUCCAGUACUUCAGAGUCCUCAGUGCUAUCAAGUAGUAGUCCAGAGAGUACCCUGGUAAAGCCAGAGCCCAAUGGGACAGCCAUCCAUGGCAUCUCUUCAGAUAUGCCUGAUAGCGCCCACAAGACUUCGGCCUCAGAAGCAAAGUCAGAAGCUGGGCAGCCUACCAAGGUUGGGCGUUUCCAGGUGACAACUACAGCAGACAAAGUAGGUCGUUUCUCUGUUUCAAGAACUGAAGAUGCGAUUGCUGAGGCAAAAAAAGAGGGACCAGUGGCAUCUCCUCCUUUUAUGGAUUUGGAACAUUCUAUUCUUCCUGCUGUGAUACCAAAGAAAGAAAAGCCUGAACUGUCAGAGCCUUCACAUCUGAAUGGGCCAUCUUCUGACCUGGAGGCUGCCUUCUUAAGUAGGGAUGGCGAUGACGGUUCAGGUAGUCCACACUCCCCACCUCAGCUGUGCUCAAAGAGCCUUCCUAUCCAGAGCCUGAGUCAAAGCCUUAGUAAUUCAUUCAACUCCUCUUACAUGAGCAGUGACAAUGAGUCAGAUAUUGAAGAUGAAGACUUAAAAUUAGAGCUGCGACGACUGCGAGAAAAACAUCUUAAAGAGAUCCAAGACCUACAGAGUCGCCAGAAGCAUGAAAUUGAAUCUUUGUACACCAGGCUGGGCAAAGCUCCCCCUGCUGUUAUCAUCCCCGCAGCCGCCCCUCUUGCAGGGAGAAGAAGGCGACCCACCAAAAGCAAAGGCAGCAAGUCUAGUCGCAGCAGUUCCUUGGGGAAUAAAAGCCCUGGACCAGGUAACCUGUCUGGUCAGAGUACAGCAACAGUCUUGCACCCCCAGCAGACCCUCCCCGCUCCUGGCAACAUCCCAGAGACUGGGCAGAAUCAGCUGUUACAACCCCUUAAGCCAUCUCCCUCCAGUGACAACCUCUAUUCAGCCUUCACCAGUGAUGGUGCCAUUUCAGUACCAAGCCUUUCUGCUCCAGGUCAAGGAACCAGCAGCACAAACACUGUUGGAGGAACAGUGAGCAGCCAGGCUGCCCAGGCUCAGCCUCCUACCAUGACGUCUAGCCGGAAGGGCACUUUCACAGACGACCUGCACAAGUUGGUGGAUAACUGGGCCCGAGACGCCAUGAAUCUCUCAGGCAGGAGAGGCAGCAAAGGACACAUGAGCUAUGAGGGCCCUGGCAUGGCGAGGAAGUUCUCCGCACCUGGUCAGCUGUGCAUCUCCAUGACCUCAAACCUGGGUGGCUCAGCCCCCAUCUCUGCAGCAUCAGCUACCUCUCUAGGUCACUUCACCAAGUCUAUGUGCCCCCCACAGCAGUACGGUUUCCCAGCCCCCCCCUUUGGCACACAGUGGAGUGGGACAGGUGGCCCAGCACCACAGCCACUCAGCCAGUUCCAGCCUGUGGGAACUGCCUCCUUACAGAAUUUCAACAUCAGCAAUUUGCAGAAAUCCAUCAGCAACCCCCCAGGUUCCAACCUGCGGACCACUUAGACCUAGAGACAUUACGAAGUAGAUUUGGGGGCAGGAGAUGGAAUGGUGAGGGUGGGUGGGAGGGGGGUGGGAAAGUAGCCUAUAUACUAACUACUAGUGCUGCAUUUAACUGGUUAUUUCUUGCCAGAAAGGAAUGUUUUUAAUACUGCUUAGAGCCCUCAGAAUGGGGAAUUUGCCCCUGCCCUCCCCACUUACUUACUGGAGCAGGUGAGAAGGAAAGGGCAGCUUUCUUGUGUGUGCUUUGUUGUUCAUCUAGACCCCAUAGUGAGCACUUGGAAAGAAAGUCACGUUUAUCAGAGAGCUACUAGAGAGCUCAGUGGGAAAAAAGCAAAGCCCAUCUGCAUUUGCAGGGAGUGGGGCUCUUAAUUUGGUACCCAUCCCAAACCACUUAUUCCCUCAAGAAUCAAAACCACAAGACAAAAAAACUAUUGGGCUGUCUCCUACCCUGUCCCCACCACCCUACAAACACACACACUUUUUUCUUUCCUCUCCCCCCUUCCAUCUUUAGAACCCAGGGGACUGAGGUUUCAACCCUUUCUUAUGAUAGGUCAUUAGUGCUUUAAGCAAAUGAUAUUCGCAGCUUUGACUGCAGCAUUAGCAAUUAGGAAAAAAUUAAGUUCCCUGCGGACAUAUAACUUUGCCAUCAGUUUUGAUGUGGAAACACUGUGAUAUAUAAAUGUUGUUGGACAACAGUAGUUUUAAGAGUAAAAUAUGAAAGGUUUAAAAAGUUGAAAAAAAGCUAGCUAGCUCUGUCCUUUACUGAGACUUUAACUUUCUCCUUUGUAUUUCCAUUGUAUUAGAUAAAUAAAUGUGAAUGUAAAAUUGUAUAAAUUACUGUACUUGAAUACUUCUGUUCUCCCAGUAUUGCUUGCUGGAUGUUUUAGUGCCUUGGACUUCUAUUGCUUCUGCCAUUGGCAUCAACUUCUCAUCAGACCCCAGUCAGCAAAGGACACAUGGAAGGAAACCUCAGGUCCAUGUGGCUCCAGCAGUGGAUUAUGCCGUAAGGAAAUUGAAAAGAGUAUUUUUUUUUUUCCAAGUCAUUCAACAAUUUUGUCUAGAGCAGGUGUACGAUGAGCAGGAUGAGAAGUUAAGUUGACAUCAGUGGUUAAAAGCAGAAAACUGUUUCAGGACAAGUGAGGAGGGGUGUUGUAACAAUAUUGGGCAAUUUAAAAGAUGGAGGGUGGUGUGUGAUAAGUGAUGAAAGAAAAGAAUGACUGGAGAAGAGAACAAACUUGUUUUGAAGUCGUAUGAUGCUUGGCCAGUGGACGCCAUAGCCUUACUUAUUUGAGCUGGGCUUAAACAGAUGAGACCUAGAAGAAAAUGGCUGAAUAUACAAGCAAGGGGGUGGGGACUAGUUUUUAAGUUGGGAAGUACGAUAGUGAAAUGUCACAGAUAGAGAAAGUUGCUCUUAAAAAAUGGCUUGGAUUGCUUUCCUCUUGUUGAAAAUGUACCAUGCAUUUCUCAGCUUGGGGUACUAUAGUUUGUGGAAAGUGGACCUGCCUCUGAAUUGCAUAUUGUAGGAAAGAAUGCUUAAUCCUACCCACUUCUUAUAUAAUGUCCACAAGGUUGCAGGAUCAUAAUCUCUUGUGCCACAUUUAUUUCUAGAGUUGCAGCAGAUAUUCUCACAUUUUUAUAUAAACAAAUAUUCCCGGUAAGUAGUAACUGCAACCAACCAGUAUUAUGUAGUGCUCUGCCUGGUUGUAUGGGCAGUUGUAUCAUUUUCAGAGCUUUCAGGAAAUACUCUCCUAAUUGGCUAUGUUUGAGAUCUCUGUUCUCUCAGAAGAUGAGGAAGGAAGCUAGGACUCUGAAUUUUUUGGGUGCUGCUUCUCUUGAUUGUUGAGCUGGGAAACUGACUAUCUCCAACCUCUUACCCACCUCAGUGGCACAUCCCAGGAAUCACCAUGAUAGGAAGAGCCUGGUUGGCUGUCCUGUCCUUCAUUGGCCGUUUUCUUUAAAGCUGAGUCCCCAAAGAUGCAAAUGAAAGCUGAAGGUUUUAGGAAAGUAGAAGUGAAAAGGGCAGGCAUCCCAAGCUUUGCUUUGAAACCGUUUACUUUUUCUCUGUUUAUAAUCUUCGGGGAGAUGGUAAGAGUAAGGACAGAAGUGCCAGGGAAGUGGGAGACUUGACACCUGAGACAAAGGGGACAGUACUUUGUACCGGAGGAACAAGGGAGCCAAAUGCAGCACAGGAUGUUUUGUUACUUUGGUUUAAUCAUUCUGAGAUCUCUUCACUCACACAUGGAAAGUGAGAACUGGUUUUAUUUACUGUUGAUUUUUUUUUUUCCCCUCCUGUGGAUGAAAUAACUGAAGCCUAGAGGAAUGAACUAGUGCUACUGAACUGUUUAAAUUAUUUUUGUGUUAAUAGUACACUGAGUAUCUUUUUUCACAUUAAAAAGUCUUUCUGAAUUAUAAAUGUUUUCCUUACAUUAUUUAACAAUGUACACUGUUUAAAAAAAAAUAAACUGAAUUCAAACCUUGGGGAUUCUCGGCAGCCAUCACUCAUGCGUUCGGCACCAACCCCAGGGUCGCACUUCUUGCUCCCUUUUGUUGCCUUUGUAGAUGGACUUAACGAAGCCAUUCAAAUAAACCAUACUUGCUUUUGUUGA